UCUAUCAUAUACAUCAAUAUGGACACCAGAAAUCAAACAGGUAUUUCAGAAUUCCUUCUGCUAGCACUGACAGAGGACCCGGGACUGCAGCCCUUUUUCUUUAGCCUGUUUCUGUCCAUAUACCUUGUCACUGUACUGGGAAAUCUGCUCAUUGUCCUGGCUGUCAUCUGGGACUCCCACCUCCACAGCCCCAUGUAUUUCUUUCUUGCCAACCUGUCCUUUACUGACGUCUGCUUAAGCACAACCACAAUCCCCAAGAUGCUGGUCAGCCUCCAAGCACGGAAUCAGAGCAUCGCUUACACAGACUGCCUCUUCCAGGUCUGCUUCGUCCUGAUUUUUGUUGCUCUGGAAAGUUUUCUCCUUGGAGUAAUGGCCUAUGACCGCUACGUGGCCAUUUGUCACCCCUUGAGGUACACUAUAAUUAUGAACCCCCGACUGUGUGGCCAACUCAUUCUACUCUCCUUGUUCAUUAGUGUAGUGGAUGCCAUGCUGCACAGUCUGAUGGUAUUGCGACUGUCUUUCUGCACAGACCUGGAAAUCCCUUACUUCUUUUGUGAGCUUGUUCAGGUUGUCAAGGUAGCCUGUUCGGAUACCCUUAUCAAUAACAUCCUCUUAUAUUUGGCAGCUACUGUAUUAGGAGGUAUUUCUAUCUCUGGAAUAAUUUUCUCUUAUACUCAGAUUAUAUCUUCCGUUUUGAGACUGUCAUCAGUGGGUGUGAUGCAUAAAGCUUUUUCCACAUGUGCGUCUCAUCUCUCCGUUGUUUCUUUGUUCUAUGGGACAGGCUUGGGUUCAUAUAUUAGUGCUGCAUUUAUACACUCUACCAGGAAGACUGCAGUAGCUUCAGUGAUGUAUACCAUGAUCACCCCCUUGAUGAAUCCCUUUAUCUACAGCCUGAGAAACAGAGACGUGAAAGAUGCCUUAAGAAAAAUGAUCAGGUAUAUAUACCUGCUUUUCAGUAAUUCUAUUACCUGCCUGAGCUUGGGUUUCUAG